CCGCGGGUGCAUCACGCCGACUGCCGGCAAUUAAAAAUAGAAAAACAAAAACGGAAGAUAAAGAGAAAGAUAAGAAAACACACAGAGAUAAAGAUAGAGAUAGAGAGAGAGAGGAACGUCGAAGGAUCUGAGGAAAACAGCCGGACGACGACCGUCUGGGAUCUCCGGUUCAUCGAACUCGCGUGAAACAUCACGCCGCGACUCUACGGAGUACUCGUGGCGCGACACAUUUUUGGACUUGUUUAUAUUUUUCAUUUUUUUCUCAACGCCGAUGUCGACAGAAUUCCAAAGUGAUAGCGAGCUGUCAAGUAGGGAGCGUUUUUGACUGUAUCGUGAAUUCUCGUGCGGGAAAUCCAAAGUGACUGUGAAAACUAAAUUGACCGUGGCGAGAAGGACAAAAGUGACUGGUUGUUGCUGCGUGUCGACGCGACUGUUUUCGGUUUCGCGAACAGAUUUCGUCUGAUUGCGGGACAACGCGACGAUACAACUGUCAAUCGCGAAAAUUCCCGCCGAGAACAGACACGCAAACGUUCUUCCGCACCUGUGCACGCGGAUAUCGUUCCGGUCAGUUAGUCGCUCAAUCGGCCGGCCGCAUCAGCUCCGCGGUGUCAUAUGUCGCGCGUAUUCUCCACGGUGGUGAAGAAUGCGGUGCAGUCGCGUACAAGCGUGAUCGACGGAGAACAUGAGGACCGACGCUAGUUGACGAACAAGUGUUCGCACAUAUCGCGGUGUUUCAGGUGCGCGACUUGUCGGAUAACGCGUCCAGACGCAUAAACAAGACACACGUCACGUUAGUUGGGAAGGAAAGGAAGGUGAGAACAGUGCUUAAGAUACACGAAAAAUCUCGGAUGGACUCUCUCGCGGGAGGCGAAAACGCGCGGCGGAGGUGAGAGGGAGGAGGGCGGAAGCGUGACGACGGCCGAGAUCAGGAUCGCGUCCUUUGUCCUGUUGUUCUGCCACCGACGUGCGCUCGUCGCUUCCUCCUUCCUCAUCUCGUUCCCGCGGAUGUGAUCCAGGAGUCCGGAAGAAAACAACCUGGUCGGUUUAUCUUGGUCCCGGGCGCGCAACAACGACAGCAACAACCCCCCGUUCCGUCCUGGUCGCCCGAAGCUGAGGGCUCGUUUCUUGAGAAACAGUGACGCUACGUGACGAGAGUCGAAAAUCGCGAACGCCACCAUGAGGAUCAAAAUGCCCGCGGUCAGGAUCGCGCAAGCGGAAACCUCGCAAAGUGCCACGUCCCCAGACACCGUCCAAUGUGGGGGGUGCAGGGCGUCCUACCCCCUCGGCGAGAUCGUCCGGUUCAUCGAGCACAAGGUCAACCACUGUCGGAGCACUCUUCAGGGCUGCCACAGUCCACCGGCGACGGCUGCGCCAGAGGACUCAGACCCAGAAGAUGCCCUCACUCUGAAGGCCGCGGACCCGGACUCGAAGCUGAAUUCGGUUCCCAGCAUCUCGGCGCCCAUCAACAAGAGAAGCAGUCGACUGGAGAGCCCGCCAACACCCCAGGGCCCGGGACCGGAUACCGGAAGUCCGAUCGAUCUUAAGGCGAGCGCCAGCUCGACGCCAAAGAGACGGACAGAGGACGAAAAAGAGGAUCUUCCGAAGAAACAAAAGACCGAGUCUGUGGAUGCCGACACAAAUACAGUUAAUUCCGAGCCAAGGUGGCUGCAAUGCUCACAGUGUUCCCGGCGGCUCUGCUCGGCGUGGGAGCUGGUUCAGCAUGUACAGAGCAUGCACGGCGCCCGCCUCUAUUGCUCCUCCUCCUCGUCGACGAACUCGUCGUCAAAUACUCCGGCGCCGAGUCCACCGACGCCUACACCGACGCACGCGCACCAUCUCAGCCCGCCAAAUCACUUGAACUUGAGCGGCAAGUCCACCGGAAGUUCUUCAGCGGCGAAUUCGUCCGGCGGCACAAACACAAGCGGAAGUAGCAGUGGACGACAACAGCUUCAAAGCUCGGCAUCUUUGAUGGGCGAACCUCUCCAUAAUUUCUUGAGACUGCCCCAGCCUUUGGAUCGAAAUUUUCCACCUAUGUUCAGGCCAGAUUUUCUCACAUUGAAUCCUUUAGCAGGAUACAGAGGUCUCCAGGAGUUGCAGACAGCCACGCGAAAUCUGCAGAACCUGGGCGAUCCGCUUCGCGGUAUAGACGGCUUGAAUCUGGGUGACCCGUUGGUACGCAGUUCAUUGGACUCUCUAAACAAUGCCCGAAACUUAGCAAAUUUGGCAGAGUUGUCGCAUGGUCGCGGUCUUGCCGGUCAAGCACACCCACCUCCACUCGAAGCGAACCUGGAUUUUUACUCAGCGCGCCUAAGGAGCCUCGCUAAUCCGUCCUUAGGCGCGGCUCCAUCUACACCUAGCGGUAACCCUACGACAAAUCCUCCUCCCCCACCAGUACCUCCGGUACCACCGGUUCCAGUCGCCAGCAGUGUUCAGCAGCAGCAGCAGCAACAGCAACAACAAUCCCAACCGCCACAACCGCAGUCUCAUCCUCAAUCAGUGGAACCGCCUAGUCCGGCCUCGGCCAAUCCCACAAAUCUGACCCACAGCGUGGGUCACCAGAAAGAAACCUCGCCACCUUGUUACAGUCAAAGCCCAGUAGGUCAUCAUAACAAUAACAACUCAACGGAUAGUGAGAAAACUAGUCCGCCUGUAGCAUCCACGCCAAUAAUCACCGAUGCAUCGUCAGAAACAGUAUAUACGUGCGAGGUCUGCGAUAAAAAAUUUCGUUUCCAAUCGAACCUGAUCGUUCAUCGCCGCAGUCAUCGAGACAAGGAGAGAUAUCAGCAGCAAGAAAAUACGCAAGACAGCCAGAGUACGCCAACGAGGUGCGAAGUGUGCGACGUCGAGUUGGCAAGUUACACAGAACUGAGAAAGCACAUGAGGAAGGAGCAUCAGGAGCACAUAAAUUCAGCUGCUAGUCCUCAAGGCAGCGUCGAGACAGUGCCGGAUGAUGGGUCUAGUUGUGAUGAGAACAUGGAUCUAGAUGAAAUGGAGGAGAAUGAGCCGAAGACCGAGCGAGAAGAUACGGAAGAGAACACACCGGAAGAUUUGAGUACUACUCAAGGACAGAGUAGCGAAGAGAGCGGAGGACGAGUGGAUAAACCAGCCAGUCUGGUGGGAGACCUAAUGGAAAAAUUUGGCUUGAGCAACAUCGCUCAGUAUUCAGAAGCAUAUCGACAGGCUCUUCAAGAGAAUCAUCGUAGUGGUUUUCUCAAAACCGAAUCGCCGUGCAACCUUGCCAACUCUCUGAAUAAUAACAAAGAAAAGGAAAGCGCUUUGUCGCCUACAAAUUUUAAUUCUUCAACAACACCGAACAUUUUUUCCGGUCAAGGAUUUCCCAGAUCAUCGGGGCCGGAUUUUGGAAGUCUCUGGCUACACAGUCCGCAUUAUUUAGAAAAUAACGAGUUUCGUAAAGCAUCCAAGGCCACAACAUCUACCUUAGCGCUUCAGGGUCUGCCGAGUCCGUUGCUGAAGAAGGAACGAAGUGGUCGGAACGAUACUUGUGAGUACUGCGGUAAAGUAUUUAAAAACUGUUCGAAUUUGACGGUUCACAGACGGUCGCAUACAGGCGAGAAGCCGUACAAGUGCGAACUUUGCUCGUACGCUUGCGCUCAGAGCUCGAAACUUACCAGGCACAUGAAAACUCAUGGUCGUCACGGCAAGGAUACGUAUAAGUGUCGCUUUUGCGAUAUGCCGUUUUCGGUGCCUAGCACGCUGGAGAAACACAUGAGGAAGUGCGUGGUGGUGGUGCAGCAAGGUCCUAAACUCGACAUACCGUAUCCGGUGAUCAAAGAUGAGGACUCUUCGCUCAGUAGCAAGGAUACUUGAUCCUGGAACGGAAGCCUACCGCCAAUCCCGCCGCUAUGGCCGCACAGGCCGCCUUAUCCGGUAUACUGAAGGUGGAGAUUUUCUUCCUCAGGGACUUCGAGAGAAAGAGAGACACACGAUGAACAACUCCGAGUUGCGCAAAGUCGAGUCAAUCUCGACAUUUACAACAUAUAAAGAAUCUCUCUCGACGCGAAAUGUCCGAGGUCACCUCUCGGGAUUAGGAGAGGUGGUAGGUCGAUGCGUGAUCUCGAGAAUGUCCGUUUCAACGGCCUGGAAAUGGCCGUGUAAACAUUUGAUGAAUCACAAGAAGCAACGAAAUAUGUGACGGAAUCUCGCUCGCGCGAGAACUGCACGAACAAUACAUAAAAAAAGAACAGGUGAUACAAAAUUAAGGAAAUUGCGUAUACAAAGAGAAGAUACUCGAUAAGAAAUCGCACUCUGCGCGACUUUAAUUCACUAGAAAACGAACGAAUGGUUACCAGUUUACGAGUCUCAGCACAGCUAUUUAAAAUAUAUAUCGCUAUAAAUAGUUAUAAAUAACGAGAAAAGACAUUAUAAAUAUAA